AUGGAGCCCCCGGCCGCCCCCUCGGAGCGGAGCCUGUCUCUGUCUCUGCCCGGGCCCCGCGAGGGUCAGGCCACCCUCAAGCCGCCUCCGCAGCACCUGUGGAGGCAGCCGCGGACCCCCAUCCGAAUCCAGCAGCGCGGUUACUCCGACAGCGCCGAGCGCGCCGAGCCGGAGCGGACGCCGCACCGGCCCAUCGAGCGCGCCGAUGCGGUGGACACCAGCGACCGGCCCGGCCUGCGUUCCACCCGCAUGUCCUGGCCCUCGUCCUUCCACGGCACCGGCACGGGCGGAGGCAGCGGCAGGCGCUUCGAAGCUGAAAAUGGGCCGACGCCGUCCCCGGGCCGCAGCCCGCUGGACUCGCAGGCCAGCCCUGGGCUCGUGCUGCACGCCGGGGUGGCCACCAGCCAGCGCCGAGAGUCCUUCCUCUACCGCUCUGACAGCGACUAUGACACGUCGCCCAAGACCAUGUCCCGCAACUCCUCGGUCACCAGUGAGGCGCAUGCUGAGGACCUCAUUGUAACCCCGUUCGCACAGGUGCUGGCCAGCCUUCGGAGCGUACGCAGCAACUUCUCGCUCCUGACCAAUGUGCCUGUUCCCAGCAACAAGCGGUCACCCCUGGGCGGCCCGACCCCUGUGUGCAAGGCCACGCUGUCAGAGGAGACAUGUCAGCAGUUGGCCCGGGAGACGCUGGAGGAGCUGGACUGGUGCCUGGAGCAACUGGAGACCAUGCAGACCUACCGCUCUGUCAGCGAGAUGGCCUCGCAUAAGUUCAAGAGGAUGUUAAACCGUGAGCUCACGCACCUGUCAGAAAUGAGCAGGUCAGGAAACCAGGUCUCCGAGUACAUUUCCACAACGUUCUUGGAGAAGCAGAAUGAGGUGGAGAUCCCGUCGCCCACUUCCAAGGAGCGGGAGGCAGCACUGCCACGACAGAAACUCUGCCAGCAUCCCCCGAGCCCGGCCCCCCAGCUGCAGUCCAUGUCUCAGAUUACGGGGGUGAAAAGGGUCGCUCGCAGCAGCAGCCUCAGCAACACCAGUGUCCCCCGCUUUGGGGUGAAGACCGACCAGGAGGAGCUCCUGGCCCAAGAACUGGAGAACUUAAGCAAGUGGGGCCUGAACAUCUUUUGUGUGUCUGAUUACGCCGGAGGACGCUCCCUCAGCUGCGUCAUGUACACCAUCUUCCAGGAGCGGGACCUGCUCAAGAAAUUCCGUAUCCCCGUGGACACCAUGGUGACGUAUGUGCGGACCCUGGAGGACCACUACCACAAAGACGUGGCCUACCACAACAGCCUGCACGCAGCCGACGUGUUGCAGUCCACCCACGUGCUGCUGGCCACGCCUGCGCUGGACGCCGUGUUCACGGACCUUGAGAUCCUCGCUGCCCUGUUCGCCGCUGCCAUCCACGACGUGGACCACCCUGGGGUCUCCAACCAGUUCCUCAUCAAUACCAACUCGGAGCUGGCACUCAUGUACAAUGACGAGUCGGUGCUGGAGAACCACCACCUGGCCGUGGGCUUCAAGCUCCUGCAAGAGGACAACUGUGACAUCUUCCAGAACCUCAGCAAGCGGCAGCGGCAGAGCCUGCGCAAGAUGGUCAUUGACAUGGUGCUGGCCACGGACAUGUCCAAGCACAUGACCCUCCUGGCCGACCUGAAGACCAUGGUGGAGACCAAGAAAGUGACUAGUUCGGGGGUGCUCCUGCUGGACAACUACGCCGACCGCAUCCAGGUCCUAAGGAACAUGGUACACUGUGCAGACCUGAGCAACCCCACAAAGCCACUGGAGCUGUACCGUCAGUGGACAGACCGCAUCAUGGCAGAGUUCUUCCAGCAGGGCGACCGCGAGCGGGAGCGGGGCAUGGAGAUCAGCCCCAUGUGUGACAAGCACACGGCCUCGGUGGAGAAGUCCCAGGUGGGAUUCAUCGAUUACAUUGUACACCCCCUGUGGGAGACGUGGGCAGACCUUGUCCACCCAGAUGCCCAGGAGAUCUUGGACACGCUGGAAGACAACCGGAGCUGGUAUUACAGCGCCAUCCGGCAGAGCCCGUCGCCACCUCCCGAGGAUGAGCUGGGAGGCCCGGGCCGGCCCGGCCCGCCGGAGAAGUUCCAGUUUGAGCUGACGCUGGAGGAGGAGGAAGAGGAGGAGGCCUGCACGACCCAGAUCCCGUUCACACCAUCCCAGGGUGCGCUGGCACUGCAGGAAGCACCCACGCCUGUGGACAUCACAGCCACCCGGGAGGCCUCCCUGGUGGCGGCGGCUGCUGCGGAACCGGCUGGGGUCCCAGAGGACCAGGACGAGACCUCAGGGAUGCGAUCCCGUGGCAUGCACCUGCCACAGCUGUCAGACUCCGUGUGCGGCCUACGCGACUGCCCGGAUGCCCGGGCCCUGGAGAGCCCCCCUCUGCCCGGCUUGAGGACCCUGCCUCUCCCGGAGGACACCCCGGGCCUGCCGGGCCUCCCCUCCAUGGCAGCCGAGGUGGGGGCCCAAAGAGAGCAGCAGGCUGCCCAAGGGACUCCUCGAGACGCCCUUCCCGCGGGCCCAGCCCUGCCGGGGGACCCCCCUUGAGCGCCCCCUCACCCUGCUGCUGUCCCCAGCCCCCUCCACCAGUGCUGCCCCCCCACCUCCUCUGCCUCAAAGACUUGUGCCCCGCCCUGAGAAAAAAAGAACAGAAAAGUGGGGUUUUUUCUCUUGUUUGCCCCCUUUUCCUCUCUGCCCCCCACUGCCCCAGCCAUGGGUUUUCAAUUUCUUUCUUUUUUUUUUUUGUGAAUUGGGGGGUUGGGGAACGAGGAGGCUGAGGUGUGUCCCAGAAGGGAUUUUAUUUUUUUGAAUUUAAUUAUUGUAACGUUUUUAGAAAAAGACCAAAAAAAGAAAAAAAAAAGCACACAGAAGCUGUAGACGCCCCCAUUCCUGGUUCCCCAGUCCUCACCCCGCCCCUCCACAAGUUCAAGGCUCCGUCUUCCAGCCCGAGGCCGCGAGCAGGUGUGGGGCCUUCUGUUGAAUCCUGGAAGGUUCUAGAACCUGGCCAGACAUAGCCAUUUCCGGCAGAGCCAGCUGAGGGGGUUCACUGGAGGAGCUCCCCUCUGCCUGCCGCCCCUCGUCCCCUGCCCCUAAAAGUCUUCCACCUCAUUUUGCACAAGCCCGGCCGAGCCGACUGGGAGGGCAGGGGCGUGUCCAGGGGCCAGGGAUGCCAGUGGGAAGGCAGAGCCCCCCACGACCCCCGCUUGCCGCCCAGCCCCUCCUUGCCCACGUCCCUGCCCGGGGGAGGGGCCGCUUGUAAGACACAGGCAUCACCCCCCCUCUUCCAACUGCUUCUCCACGUGUUUCUGCCUUAAAGGUUCUCACGGCCACGGGACAGUGGCCAGCAAGUGGUUCCCGGCGGCACCUGGCAUGGGGCGCGGCCGGGCGCCACUCGCGGGCCACCUCUCCCCCUGCCCGACCUUCCUGCGUCUCGACCCCUUUGCCCUAGGAGGAAGCAAUAAUGGGGUACACGCCAUCCCCCUGCCACCCCCUUCCUGGGCAGCCCUCCGUCUCCUCCGUCCCUAACCCCGCCAGUCCCUGAGCGAUAGGACAGACAGCUAAAAGGCCAUCUUUCUCCAAGCCAUGGGGGACAAUUGGGAAAGAGAGACAGCCCCCACCUGCCCCACGGUGCCAGCUCCCUCUGCUGCUCCCGGCAGGGCAGUGCCCAUGCGGUGCGUUGCAGCCCCCACACGCCCCCGACCCGGAGCACACAGGUACUGUAGCCCCGCUCCCCAGCCUUCCCGUCUGCCCUCCCGGUUCCUAUGCCGCUCCUCUACACGGCUCAUUUUGUAGCAAAAAGUGGUUGCUGUCCCAGCCGGGGAGGUCUUUCGUUUGUUUAAUUCUUUCUUUCUUUUUUUUUUUUUUUGUACAGACUGUCAGGUUGCUUUGUAAAUUAUUCUACAGAGUUCAAAUGAAAACGUGAAGCAGUCCUUCCUGUUGGGGGAGGGGGCCCCGCUGUAUUCUCUCCACUCUUCCCGGCCCCCCUGGGAACUCGGUCGCCCAGCGGUGGUUGGACAGGAAGCUGUGUCCUCCCCCGGGGGUGAGGGCUUGGUGGGUAGGAGACCGGGGCAGCUGGCACGGCGGGUCCCUGGGAGUGGCCUGUGUGUGGUCCAUUGACGAUCCGUCCGUCGAGCGGUAAUCCUUCCAUCUUGUCGCCAAUUAAACUGAGGCUUUUGCCCAUCA